CUUCGGGAGCGGUCACUCCUGAUCCUCGGAUCGGAUCGGAUCGGAUUGGGUCAAAUGGGGCGACAGCUUCCCAGGGAGUUGUGGUCAAGUGCAGCGCUGGGGGAGAAUUCAGCAGUGGGGCUCCUAGGUCUGUGCUGGCCUGCAGGAGAAAGAGGCUGCUAACAGAACCCUGUGAUAACAAGGAUUUUCAGGCUACAGCUUGCAGGGCACGUGUUGGAGCUUGGCACCCUCCUGCCCCUCAGGCAAGCCAUGCGUUGUGUGUUCAGAUGAGAGCCUAUGUCCACGGCAACACUGAAAAUGAAUUGCGUACUUUCUGCGGAUUCUCUCAUAUGAGCGGGCCCCUCUCAGACAGCCUGCGUUGUGUUCCUUCUGUCGGACCAGCAUGGCAGGGUUCAAGCGAGGAUAUGACGGGAAGAUUGCUGGAUUGUACGAUCUGGAUAAAACCUUGGGUAGGGGUCACUUUGCCGUGGUGAAGCUUGCCAGGCACGUCUUCACAGGGGAGAAGGUGGCGGUGAAGGUUAUCGACAAGACCAAGCUGGACACCCUGGCCACCGGACACCUUUUCCAGGAGGUGAGGUGCAUGAAGCUAGUGCAGCACCCUAACAUCGUGCGCCUCUAUGAAGUCAUUGACACCCAGACCAAACUCUAUCUUAUUCUAGAACUUGGAGAUGGAGGGGAUAUGUUUGACUACAUCAUGAAACACGAGGAGGGGCUCAGUGAAGACUUGGCUAAGAAGUACUUCGCUCAGAUAGUCCAUGCUAUAUCUUACUGCCAUAAACUCCAUGUGGUCCACAGAGACCUAAAACCAGAGAAUGUAGUCUUCUUUGAAAAACAAGGUCUUGUGAAGUUGACAGACUUUGGUUUCAGCAACAAAUUUCAGCCAGGGAAGAAACUCACAACAAGCUGUGGAUCUCUUGCGUAUUCCGCUCCAGAAAUUCUGCUUGGUGAUGAGUACGAUGCCCCUGCCGUAGACAUCUGGAGUCUGGGUGUGAUCCUGUUCAUGCUGGUGUGCGGGCAGCCACCCUUCCAGGAGGCCAACGACAGCGAGACGCUGACCAUGAUCAUGGACUGCAAGUACACGGUGCCGACCCACGUGUCCAAAGAGUGUAAAGACCUCAUCACCCGGAUGCUGCAGAGAGAUCCCAAGAGAAGGGCCUCUUUGGAAGAGAUCGAAAACCAUGCGUGGCUGCAGGGGGUGGACCCUUCACCGGCCACGAAGUACAACAUCCCCCUCGUGUCCUACAAGAACCUCUCGGAAGAGGAGCACAACAGCAUCAUCCAGCGCAUGGUGCUCGGGGACAUUGCCGACCGCGACGCCAUUGUAGAAGCCCUGGAAACCAACAGGUACAACCACAUCACGGCUACCUACUUCCUGCUCGCCGAGAGGAUCCUGAGGGAGAAGCAGGAGAAGGAAAUACAGACCCGGUCAGCGAGCCCCAGCAACAUCAAGGCCCAGUUUAGGCAGUCAUGGCCAACCAAGAUCGAUGUGCCCCAGGACCUUGAGGACGACCUUACGGCCACGCCUUUGUCCCACGCAACUGUCCCUCCGUCUCCGGCCCGGGCCACCGACAGUGUCCUCAAUGGCCACAGGAGUAAAGGCCUGUGUGAUUCGACUAAGAAGGACGACCUGCCCGAGCUGGCAGGACCCGCGCUCUCCACGGUGCCCGCUGCAAGCUUGAAACCUGCAGUCAGCGGGCGGAAGUGUCUGUUCAGGGUGGAGGAGGACGAAGAGGAGGAUGAGGAGGACAGGAAACCCAUGUCCCUGUCCACACAAGUGGUUCUGCGGCGGAAGCCGUCUGUGACCAACCGUCUGACAUCCAGGAAGAGCGCGCCCGUCCUCAACCAGAUCUUCGAGGAGGGGGAGUCAGAUGAUGAGUUUGACAUGGACGAGAACCUGCCGCCCAAGCUGAGCAGGCUGAAGAUGAACAUCGCCUCCCCAGGCACCGUGCACAAACGCUACCACCGGAGGAAGAGCCAGGGCCGCGGCUCCAGCUGCAGCAGCUCUGAGACCAGUGACGAUGACUCUGAGAGCCGGCGGCGUCUGGACAAAGACAGCGGGUUCCCCUACUCCUGGCACCGGCGGGACAGCAGCGAGGGGCCCCCAGGCAGCGAGGGGGAUGGUGGGGGCCAGAGCAAGCCCAGCCAUGGCAGCGGUGGCGCGGACCAGGCCAGCCUUUUGUUAAGUGCAGGGUGCACCCCGGGUGGCACCUCGGGGUCCACGCGCCGCUGUGCCUCGGGGCCCCCCAGCUCUGUGCAGCUGGCCUCGCGCAGUGCCGGGGAGCUGGUGGAGAGCCUCAAACUCGUGGGCCUCUGCCUGGGCUCCCAGCUGCACGGCGGCGCCAAGUACAUCAUGGACCCGCAGCGGGUGCUGGCGCUGUCCAGCGUGAAGGUGCAGGAGAAGUCCGCGUGGAAGAUGUGCGUGGGCUCUGCUGCGGGCUCCGGCCAGGCCCCGGCCGUGGGCAGUGUCAAGUUCUUCUCCGAGCACGUGGCCGGGGCCACCGCCGAACUGGAGCGGAUAAAGAGCAAGAACCUGAAGAGCGGCGUGCUCCAGCUACCUCUGUGCGAGAAGACCAUCUCCGUGAACAUCCGGCGGGGCCCCAAGGAGGGGCUGCUGUGCGCCUCCAGCCCGGCCAGCUGCUGCCACGUCAUCUGAGCGCCAGCCGCGACCACGCAUGGCCUCUGCAUGCUGCCAGACCCCACUUUGUUUCCAGCCGAAGAGUCUACUGUGUACUUUUUACAUUCAUAGUUGUAAUGUGGAUGAUCAGGAUGAAAUUAAAUUGUAUAUUUGGAACCUAAUGUAAAUGGAGCACUUAGAAAUUCGAUAUUCUGCACUUCACCUAGAGAGAGAGAGAGAUGCUUUUGUUUCUUGUGCAAAAUCUAAAUCCUGUCCUGACCUCCUGUGAUCCAGAAACUCCGUGCUCGGAGGCGCCUGCGGUGCCCGAGACAGAACCAAAGCAAUAACACGUGGCAGCCCUGGCCCAGCGGCGAGGUGGCCCUGCCGCCCACAGCCUGGCGGAGCAAGGACAGCGAGUGUCUGCCCUGAGCGAGCCCUGACGGCGACCCCUGCGCCUGCACCCGGCCGUCGUGGGUAGGGCGUGAAGCCCGAAGCUUGGGCUCUCGUGUCGCCCGGCGAUUCUCCUGCCUUCCUGGCAGGUGAGGUGAAGGACAGCUUUCUGA